AUGAUCCUCAGCGGCCUUUGCAUGUUGCUCUGGUGCAUGUACCUUUGCAGAGAAUUCCGCACCAUUUGGAUUUCCAUUGAAGCCAUCCUGCAGAUUCCACGGGCACGCAAGACUGUUUUCAGCAACGGGCGCUUCGUCGCAAUAUCCUACGCCCGACUGGGGGUCUACCUGCUGCUACGCCUGUAUCGCACCUCGAUCACCGCGUGCCUCCUUUGGGCUGGGCAGCAGUGGCUGGCAAAAACCAAGAGCAUCACGGACCUUAUCUUGAAUGCCUCGGCACUGGGUACCAUCCUCGAGAUCGACGAGUUGGUCUUCGCUUCGCUGCUGCCGAAGAAGAUCCAGGCUGCUAUCUACAGUUUGGAGGCUGUGAAGGUCCGAUACACGCGGGCGAAGAGUCAACUUGAGGGGUCCUUGAUCUUCAUUGGAGUCGUCGCGGUGACUCUCACUCCCAUCUUCGUUUGGGUGAUUCCUCUGGUGGACAUGAUGCAGCAGGUCAAGGUCGAGUUCUGCUACGGCGCACAGAACUUCGUCGUUGCUUACAACCAGGACUCGCAGACGACAGUCGGCGUGGCGACUCCUUCCUUUGCGGUCCGAUACGAAAAUGGGCUAUCUCUCAGUGAAAGGGCCGUCUUGGGGCACACGGUGCCCACGGCGGAGUCUACGUUCGUGGGGCCGUAUGACUGGAAUCUGAUCUAUUUCUCGGAUGAUGCGGACUCGUUUGCACAAGACAUGGUGAUGUCCCAAGCGUCUGUAUCCGAGGGGACUUCGAAUUGUUUGGAUGCGGAUAACUGGCUUCGUCGUUAUGGCCCUGUCUUCACAGAGAGGCACAUGCCACGGUUCCACGCCGCCGCGGCGAUGAUCGGACGAGACAACGCCACUUCCUGCGCAGAGCUGGCGGAUAGGUGCGGUGACUUCGACUCCCGUGUCCUGCGCUCGGUCUGCCCUCGCACCUGCGGUUGCCACCUGCCGCAAGCCAACCAAUGGUUCAAGGUCCCGGCGCAAGGCUGCCCAAAUAUUUGCCGGGAGGAGGCCGCUACGCGCUCCCAAGACAUCCAGUGCCGUGACAGCCCUGUGGGAGAGGAUUGGUUGUCCUUCUGGGACAGCUACCCGGAUGUCAUGCAAGAACAUCUGGGAGUCAAUUUUUCAGACCCAAACAACCCAGUGACAGGUGCUGAGUACGUGCAUGGCAUCGUAAAGUUCAUGAAGACUGCAGGGUGCGCUGGCCUCAUGUCUGUGCAACAGGAGCCCAUCACUAGGACUCCCUGGUGCGAGGGAAGUCAGCUUUCGGCAUCCUUGGCUUACAUCUGCCCGCUCUCCUGCGGCUGUUGGGCGGAGGAUACCCCCGACUACUGCCCACGCAGUUGCAAGCCCUGUGGUGAUGUGGCGAACUUCCCAGCCAACGCGAACAUGGCCAGCUGUGUCGAGGCAAAGCAGUUGGGCAUCUGUGGCAUCCCCGAGGAAGCAGCGAAAUACUGCGCUGGCACCUGCGGAAUCUGCAACGGGACCGCAAAUGCCAGUGCAGUUUGUCCCGAUGGUCCCCUACCCGCCGUGUUCGGCCUGGGUAGUUGCGCAGACGUCCAGGCUGCGGGCUGGUGUCCCUUGCUGCACUUCUUGGAUUCUUCGGUGAGUUUGAUCUGUGGCCGAUCCUGCGGUACGUGCACCUGA